AUGUUCGGAGCUUUCAGACCCACGAAUUCAUUAUGCUCGGGACUUCUCUGGAAGAUCCCAUGGCGGCUCUCAAAAUUCCAGAAAGCGCGACAACGGAAGCGUCUAAGGGCUGUCGAUACGGUUGUAGCAGUGCUUGAUAAUGCAUUAGCAAAGCAGGGUGCCACGAUGAAGGCUGUGGAGAGAUGGAAGGAAGAGAUGCCAAUUGAGCAGGAGAUGGUGCCGAAGGACAAAUACACCAUUUUUGACAGAAAGGAGAAGAAGUACAGGAAGAGCAUUCGAAAACUGCCGAAAUGGACGAGAGUGUCCCAACGAGUCAAUCCUCCUGGUUACUGA